AUGGAUCCUCUUAACAUGACAAUGGAUAACUUGAGCAGCAACUGGACUAACAGCUCUUUUCCGAACGAAACUAAUGUUUUUUUAAACCAGUUUGUGCAGCCUGUGUGGCAGAUUGUAUUAUGGGCGCUCGCGUACAGCACUAUCGUCGUAGUAUCUGUCGUUGGAAAUAUUACAGUUAUUUGGAUCAUUUUAGCGCACAAACGGAUGAGAACUGUGACCAACUAUUUUCUGGUCAACCUUGCUUUCGCGGAGGCGUCAAUGUCAGCAUUCAAUACCGUUAUUAACUUCGUUUAUGCCGUACAUAACGAAUGGUAUUUCGGACUAGUAUAUUGUCGUUUUCACAACUUCUUUCCGAUUGCCGCCGUUUUUGCAAGCAUUUAUUCAAUGACAGCUAUAGCUAUGGACAGGUAUGUGGCCAUCAUACAUCCUCUGCAACCACGUCUGAGCUCGGCUGAGACCAAGGGGGUGGUUGGGAUGCUGUGGGUGCUGGCUCUGCUCCUGGCCUUCCCACAGUACCACUACUCCAGCACGGCACAGCUCCCCGGACGUGAUGUCUGCUUCAUCGACUGGCCUGAGUAUGGAGUCUGGGACUUCCGGAAGAUGUACUAUGUCUGUGUGGUUGUGCUUAUCUACUUCCUGCCUCUGCUGGUCAUGGGUUGUGCAUAUCUGGUGGUGGGACGCACCUUGUGGGCGAGCGAGAUACCGGGAGACUCCUCAGACCGUUACCGAGAGCAGCUCGCUGCCAAGCGGAAGGUGGUGAAAAUGAUGAUCAUUGUGGUGUGCACCUUUGCUGUGUGCUGGAUGCCUUUUCACAUCUACUUCCUGGUGCAUGAGUACUUCCCGCACCUAUUUGAGGAGCGUUUUAUCCAGCAGGUCUAUCUGGGAAUAAUGUGGUUGGCUAUGAGCUCCACCAUGUACAACCCCAUCAUCUACUGCCUCCUUAAUGACAGGUUUCGGGCAGGAUUCCAGCAAGUAUUUUUCUGGUGUCCUUGCACCCCUGAGGGCUCCUACGAAGGGCUGGAACUCAAGUCAGCUACCUACCUGCAGACCCAGGUCAGCAUCUACCGCACUAGCCGCAUGGAAACCACUGUUUCCACGGUGAUGCCACCUGGAGAAGGAGAACCUCAGGUGAACCAAACUCGGUUCUCAGUAGAGUUCACUUCAAACGCCUCCUCCAAAAGUUUGUGA